UCCAGCGCCAUGCAGGUGUUGGGGUGCUGCCCGGAGCUGUGCUACAACCUGGCGCUCUGCUCCUAUUCGGCCAAGCAGUAUCCCUCUGCCCUCAAGUACAUCGCUGACAUCAUCAAGCACGGCAUCCAGCAGCACCCGGAGCUCGGCGUGGGCCUGAGCACCGAGGGCAUCGACGUGCGCAGCGUGGGGAACACGCUGCUGCUGCACCGCACGGCGCUGGUGGAGGCUUUCAACCUCAAGGCUGCCAUCGAGUACCAGCUGCACAACCCCCGCGCGGCGCAGGAGGCGCUCACGGAUAUGCCGCCGAGAGCAGAGGAGGAGCUGGACCCGGUCACGCUGCACAACCAAGCGCUAAUGAACAUGGAUGACCAGCCCACGGAAGGGUUUGGGAAGUUGCAGUUCCUCCUCCUGCAGAAUCCCUGCCCACCUGAAACCUUUGGGAACUUGCUGCUUCUCUAUUGCAAGCAUCAGUACUAUGACCUGGCAGCUGAUGUGCUGGCAGAGAACGCCCACCUGACUUAUAAACUGCUCACCCCUUACUUGUACAACUUCUUGGAUGCUGUUAUUACCUGCCAGACUGCCCCUGAGGAGGCUUUCCACAAGCUGGAUGAUUCAGCAGGGACCAUGACUGAGCAGCUGCGAAAACUGACAAAGCAGGUGCAGGAAGCUAAGCAAAACUGGGAUGAGGAAGCUCUAAAAAAGGCAGUUAAUGAGUAUGAUGAGACUCUGGAUAAAUAUGUCCCUGUCCUGAUGGCCCAGGCAAAAAUUUACUGGGACAUGAAGAACUACACGAUGGUAGAGAAGAUCUUCCGCAAGUCAGUGGAGUUCUGUAAGGAACAUGAGGUGUGGAAGCUCAACGUGGCCCAUGUGCUCUUCAUGCAAGAGAACAAGUAUAAAGAGGCUAUUAGCUUCUAUGAGCCCAUAGUUAAAAAGCACUAUGACAACAUCCUUGAUGUCAGUGCCAUUGUGUUAGCCAACCUCUGUGUUUCCUACAUCCUGACAAGCCAGAACGAAGACGCAGAGGAACUCAUGAGGAAGAUCGAGAAGGCAGAAGAGCAGCUGUCCUAUGAGAACCCUGACAAAAAUACCUACCACCUCUGCAUUGUCAAUCUAGUCAUUGGUACCCUCUACUGUGUGAAGGGCAAUUAUGACUUUGGUAUUUCCAGGAUCAUUAAAAGCCUGGAGCCAUAUAACAAAAAACUGAGCACUGACACGUGGUACUAUGCCAAGAGGUGUUUCCUGUCCUUGCUGGAGAACAUGUCCAAGCACAUGCUCAUGCCACGUGACAGUGUGGUCCAGGAGUGUGUUCAGUUCCUGAAGCAAUGUGAGCUCUUUGGAAGAAACAUCCCAACUGUCAUUGAGCACCCCCUGGAAGAGAGCAGGCUGCACAGUGGGAAGAACACAGUAACCUAUGAAGCCAGGCUUUUGAGGGCACUGAUGUACAAGAUUACUGGUUGGGCUGAGUAA